UUCUUUUGCCUUAAGAUGAUACUUGAUUUGGUAUUGCGUACAGGAGCUGUUGUUGCAGUUAUUAUAGCCACAAAACGUUUAGACAUUUGGGAUUCGUCGGAUGAGUCUAUAAAACUGUACAACGAAUCAAGAGAUCGCGCCAAACCGUAUGCCCAGCAAGUCUGUCAAUAUCUAAAUAUCUAUGUACCUCAAUUGCCACCCGAAAGAGAGAAAACCUAUCUGGGCAUCUACUACUACAAUCAAACAGUGAUGACGAUCUUUAGUUUCCUUAGCAUGUGUCCCACAUACGUAUCCAUGGUUCUUGACAUAGUGCCCGGCUUUGUCUCCGAAUAUGGAAAACGCGCACGAGAAGCAUACGAUGAAUAUCAAAAGCAUCGCAUAAUUGAAAAGGAAAAGAAGGCACGGAAAAUUAUGAUUGAUGACAAGACACUUGUAAUGCCAUUAGAGCCACGUCCUGAUCCCGAUCCCGAUUGCAAAUGCGAAAAGCCAAAUGAGAAGUCUACGGAGGGACUUGUUCCGAAAAAUGCACCCAAUUCGCCCUACAACGAUAAUUAUUGUGCAAAAGACUCUGUGCAGGGGGAAGUCAAAAAGUCGAUGCCGGAAAGAAAAUGCAAAUGCCCCAAAUGUGAUCGUAGACAGGCGGAGGGUUGGUUAGAUAAUAAAACUAGAUGUCCGAAGCGUAAUCCAUGUGAAAAAGAUUUUAAUGAGACACCCCGUAAAUGUGAUUAUAAAAGAACGCGCAUAAUUCAUGCCAAAGGCUCAGAUACCCAAAGUAACAAGAAGUGUUUACAAAGUAAAGGAAUUCUAAAUAACGAGCCAUCAAAAGACUUUCAUCCUCAUCAGUGCAAAAAUGAAAUUUAAACAAACCUUUGAUCAAAUUAACUACAGUCGGAUGUUUCUCCAGCCGCACUUCUUGUCCAUUAACCUACAAAAAUUAAAAUAAAUAAAUAGAUUUAAGAAUUGAUAU